AUGGUUUGGAGCAAUCCACUGAAGGAGGUGGCGGCCUCCAGGCCAUUGUUCCUGACGAUCUACGCCACUGUGAUUAUCGGAAUUGUAGUGUCGUCGUUUUACGUGUUCUCCGCCGUUUUCUCCGGUCCGAAUUCCGCCUCUUCUCCGUGGUUCUCCACCUCAGCUGCCGUCGGCGCAAGCCCACCAUCCUACAAUCAAGCAUCCAAUUUGUCUCGCCAAGUAUGGGCCGGCGUGGCUCCAGGUUCAGCUUCCCUGACUCAAGAAGUACCUUUAGAACCUAUUUGGAAGGCCCCCCCUCCAGGUUCAAAAAUGCCACCUUUGGAGACUUUUCGUCUGUCAAAAGAACUGGUACAGAAAAGAGUGAAAGAUAAUGUUAUAGUUGUGACCUUCGGUAACUUUGCCUUUAUGGAUUUCAUCCUGACAUGGGUUAAACACUUGUCAGAUAUGGGCGUUAAUAACCUUCUUGUUGGUGCAAUGGACACAAAACUGUUGGAAGCUCUUUAUUGGAAAGGUGUUCCAGUAUUUGAUAUGGGUAGUCACAUGAGCACUAUAGAUGUUGGAUGGGGUACCCCUACUUUUCAUAAGAUGGGGAGGGAGAAAGUUAUUCUGAUAGAUUCUAUCUUACCUUUCGGCUUUGAACUACUGAUGUGUGAUACUGACAUGGUCUGGUUAAAGAAUCCCCUACCUUAUCUUGCACGUUUUCCUGAAGCAGACGUGUUGACUUCCACCGAUCAAGUUUCACCGACUGUAGUAGAUGACCGCUUGGAUGACUGGAGGACAGCUGGCGCUGCCUAUAACAUAGGAAUUUUUCACUGGAGACCAACUGCAUCUUCAAUGAAACUUGCAAAAGAAUGGAAGGAAUUGCUUCUAUCUGAUGAAAAAAUGUGGGAUCAAAAUGGUUUCAAUGAAAUUGUUCAUAGACAGUUGGGCCCAUCUGUUGAUGAAGACAGUGGACUUGUAUAUGCUUUUGAUGGAACCCUUAAGCUUGGCCUUCUCCCAGCAAGUAUAUUUUGCAGUGGUCAUACAUACUUUGUCCAGGCCAUAUACCAACAACUUAGGCUGGAGCCUUAUGCUGUCCAUACCACAUUUCAGUAUGCCGGUACUGAAGGAAAACGCCACCGGCUACGUGAAGCUAUGGUUUUCAAUGAUCCACCAGAAUAUUACGAUGCACCAGGAGGAUUUUUGACAUUCAAACCUAAUAUACCUAAGAACUUGAUGUUAGAUGGAGAACACAAUGUUGAGUCACACUUCGCGCUAGUUAAUUAUCAGAUCAAGCAAAUACGUACUGCACUGGCCAUUGCUUCAUUGUUGGGCCGCACACUGGUAAUGCCAUCACUAUGGUGCAGGUUGGAUAGGCUGUGGUUUGGACAUCCGGGGGUAUUGGCGGGCACUUUGACUAGGCAACCAUUUUUAUGCCCUUUGGAUCACGUGUUCGAGGUUAAUAUAAUGUUAAAGGAACUUCCAAAGGAGGAAUAUGGGCCUGGGAUUGAUAUUAGGGAGUAUUCAUUUCUUCAGAAUCCAUCCUUGCCUCAACAGGUGAAAGAUUCGUGGCUUGAUGUGCAACUUUGUCAAGAAGGAUCACGUGGCUGUGAAGUUUCAAACAGCACAACACGAUCGGGAAUUCUCAAGUUCCCUAAGCGAAGUACAGAAGAAACGUUCAAGACCAUAUUCUCAUCCUUCAAAGAUGUCAAAGUCAUUCAGUUCUCAUCAAUGCAAGAAGCCUUCUUAGGAUUCACGGACAAGACAAAGGAAGAAAGAUUCAGGAAGCGUGUAAAGCUGUAUACGGGCAUAUGGUGCUGUGUACAAGAUAAAACUCCAGGCCACAUAUAUUACGACAUGUAUUGGGAUGAAAAACCUGGAUGGAAACCUAAACCUCCUCAGACUCCUGAAGAGGACCAUCCCCCAUUAUGA